AUGACAAUCAAAUCAAAAGCGGUGGAUUACAACGAUGGAAAAUUGGUCUUGGAAGGAUAUCUCAGCCAGCCGGAGAGGUAAGUUGGAGGUUGAGGAUUACUGUAACCCCUGGCAACGUACAGAGGUGGGUCGAAAAGUCGGUCGGCAUCGCACAAUGGCAUUGCGUAUUCAGAAAGCUCUUUUUUCACUACGCGUAGCCGGCGCGCUUAAUCAGUUUCGUCCAGACCAAGUGUCAUAACUGCCAAAAGAGGAGGAUGUAAAAUGAUUCAAGAAAAAUAUUUUCCCUCGAAAAAGCUCGACAUAAAAUUCUGAUGUGUCAUUUCCUCUGAUUUCCACCGAUACUGGGUGAGCGAGUCGCCGAAAAGAGGUGGGAGACUUCUGGGCUGUUGACGUGUGCCGUGCCUCAUGACUGUUUGCGUUGUUGAAGUAUAUAUCUCGCACCAAGGUCUCCGCGCGGUGCACAUAAUAUAUCAGGACUUCCUGAUGACGUAUUUUACAAAGCUCGUAAAUCAUGAAAGUUUUUACUUCGAAACUUUUCCAAAUUCGGCAAAAAAUUAUUACUGUUGAAUGUAGCCGUUGGUGUCGUUUGCUAUUGAUAAACUUCCAAUUAUUAAGUAUCAAUCACAAUUCAUUCUCUUUUCGGCAAUGCAAUUUUCAAUGCGAGAAAUCGCUCACUAUUUUCCCGACAGACUGAUGCUUGAUUUUUUAAGUGCGACGACAAAGUUGCCGGCCGUCGUCAUCUACCCAGCCUUUUGGGGAAUCACCGACAACGAAAAGGAGGUUGCCAAAGAGCUGGCCAAGGUAAGGACUUGCAGUAGGCAUUAGAGCAAUAAUUGAUGCUAAAUAUUUGAUAUCUAGUUAACCGUUGCUUUCAGUUGGGUUAUGUUGCCCUAGCGGCCUCAAUCUACGAGAAAGGUGUCCAUCCGAAGAGCCGAGAGGAAGCAUUCGGCUUGAUAACUCCGCUCUUGCAGAACAGAGUCAAAAUCAUGAAGCCGCGGAUUCUAGCGGCCUACGACUUUGUCAAAGCGAUGAAGAAUGUGGAUAGUCAAAAGGUAUGGUACUUACUGUCGAACAAACGUUUUCUUCAGAUCUCGGCGAUUGGCUACUGUUUCGGAGGCGCUUGCGUCCUCGAUCUCGCCAGAUACAACGUUGACAUCAAAGUGGGCGUUAGUUUUCAUGGAGCGUUCAGGCCAAUCAAAGAGGGAGAAGAUCACUCCAAACUGAAGCCGAUUACAACAAGUUUGCUGAUUUGUCAUGGCGAUGCUGAUGAGCAUGUCAAUCCAGAAGUUCCAGCGCUUUUGGAAGAGCUGAGAGCUCGUAAAGCCGACUUCCAAUUCAUCAGAUAUGCCAAUGCUAAACACGGAUUCACAAUGCAGGCAGAGCCGGGAGCUUCGGAUCUUGUGGGAUAUAAUGAAAAGGCUGAUAAGAGGUCAAAGAUGGCCAUGUUGAAUAUCUUGAGCGAAGUCAUCGGAGUUCCGAAGACACGGAGCCCUCUGAAGAAGAUAAGGACUGCGGAGGAUAAAUAG